AUAAAUUUCAAUAAUUUCAAAAAAAUUUUUAGAUUUUUCAAGACAGAGACCGAGACAGAACAACAAUUAUUUAACUAUCGAGUCUUUUUAAAUUGUUUUUACGUUAAAAAAAUUUUAUAUAUUUCAUUAAUAAAUAAAUUAAAGUGAAAUUAAUCCACGUGUGUCGAAAAGUUUUGAUAAGACAUUAAGUUUAGGAAACAACAAGAACAACAAAAACAAGGACAUCUAUCAUUUCAAAUGGUUAUUAAAUUUUUCAAGGUCAUUUUCACGGUCAUCUUAAUCACCAAUCAAGUUAUUGGUUAUUUUGUUCAGGAUCAGUAUACUGAAAAGACUCACGAUGAAAAAUUUCACGAUUUUCUUGAAACAAAGUUGCGUGAAAUAAUGAGAAAUGGUGAUAAAGAUUUAGAAAUACCUGUAAUUGAUCCUUAUGUUGGCGAUAAUCAAAUUAUUAAAAUUGAUGAUGAUAGUCAACCUUUUGCAUUUAUUUUGAGAUUAAAUAAUUUUGAUGUUGAAAAAUUAUCGACGUAUAUUAUUGAAAAUUCAAAUUUAAAAAUAUUUCCAUUUCCUACUUGGAUUUCAAUUAAAAUUACAUUACCAGAAAUAAUUUCAAGUGGUUUAUAUCAACUGGAUGGUGUUGCUUUUCAAGAUGUACCACUUUACGGUAAAGGAAAGUUUAAAUUUAUUGCAACGAAUAUUUCGAUUUCCGCUGUAACAAGUAUUACAAUUACCGGUGGUAUUCGGAUCCAGUCUCUUGAUCUCAAAAUUUCACUUGAGAAAAUAGACUUUAAAGCAACAGGAAUUUUCUAUGACGAUAGUACAUCGGUUAUUCUUAGUCAAGUAAUAUCAGAUGUUUUACCGGAAAUAGUAAGUGUUUAUUAUCAUGACAAUAUAACGGCAAUAGCUUCUCAAAAAUUAAUUAAUCUGGCUAAUGAAAAACUUAAAGGAAAAACCUUGAAAGAUUUACUCAAUAUAUUUAAUUGAUUUAAUAUUAAAUAUCUUAUAGUUAUAAUUUAGAGUUGUAGUAAAUUAAAUUGCAAUAAAUUAAAAUGUAUUUAAUUAGAGAUUUAUUACCAUCUAAUCGAAAUUAUACAUUUCGUAAUAAUUUAUUUAAGACAAUUAAACAUUUUAAUAAUUAUUAUUUAAAUUUACAAUGUAUCUAUGUGGUUGGUAUUUUAAUACAAAUACUUAUUCAUCUGGAAGAGAUUCCAAUCCCUGAAAAAUAAAUUAUUAAUUAAUACUUAAUACUUAAAUGAGUAUAAAAAAGUAAAAAAAAACUCGGAAACAUGAUUGAGCUUUACUUUUUUAUAAGUAUUUGAUAAUGAUCUAUUGGAAAAUAAUAAUGAUAACUACCUUAAUCAACCAUGCAGCACCACCGACUCUUCCAUCUCUGGUAAACAUUGUUCUCUGGAAAAGUGUAUCCAAUUCACGUCUGUAAUGCUGUAAAAAUAUUAAUUAAAUAAAUUAAAACCAACUUUAUAAAAUACUAUUGU